AUGGACACGAAAGCUUCAAGCAAGCAAGCUUACUUAGGCGCAGGCGGGGCCGUUAAUGCUAUCAUUUUGCUUGACAUAUUCCUCUUCCCAAAAUCCAUCUCUACUCCGGGAUUCUCAAAACAGUUGUUCCUGGGGAUCUUUCUCAUUGGGAAAGAUAUCUUGAGGAUAAUACUGGGAGACGAACAAAUCUCAGGGGCUACACAAUUGGGAGGUGCUGCAGUUGCAGCCAUUGCCUGGACACGACUUUGA